GCGAACAGGUUCUCUAUUUUGUGACGUACAAUCAUGGCGACGAGCACUUUCGGCGGGAAACAUGUCUCAACGCUCACAACGUGUAGCGUGCGUCGCAGUUCGUCAUUGUCGUCGACCAGUCCAUAGUGACGCGGCCGCUAUAACGCGUUUCUCUCCAAGAGUUUCAGCGUUACACAGGGAGUAUAACGACGAAUAUAAGAAGCUACACAAAGUAAGGAGCAGCUGCGUCAGCAUCAUGGAAAUGCUCUCGACGAGGAGGCUCUACGACAACCCAUUCACCAUCUGCGUGGAGGGAAACAUUGGAAGCGGUAAGACGACGUUUCUGAAUCACUUCCAGAGCUUUAACAACGCUACGAUCCUGCAGGAGCCGGUGGACUUGUGGCGAGAUGUAGCUGGAGUAAACUUGUUGGAUCUUUUCUACAAAGACCCAGUAAACUACGCCUUCUUGUUUCAAUCGUAUGUGCAAUUGACUAGGCUAAAAUUACACACCAUGGCCACACCGUCGCCCUACAAAGUUAUGGAGAGAUCCGUAUUUAGCGCGAGAUGCUUCCUAGAAAAUAUGAAGCGUACGAGGAUGAUACAGAACGUAGAAGCGCUAGUUUUGGAAAAUUGGUACGACUGGUGCAUGGAAAACGCGAAUAUAAGGGCGGAUUUGAUAAUAUAUCUAAGGACGACGCCCGAACUGGUGUUUCAACGAAUGCAAGCGCGUGCGCGCAAGGAAGAGGACUCCGUGACGUUGGAGUAUCUGAGGCAAAUCCACGAGAUCCACGACGACUGGCUCUAUAAACGAACUCUAUUCUCGUUACCGGCGCCGGUUAUGAUCAUAGACGGCGACAAGAGUCUCGAGGAAAUGGUACCACAAUUCGAGAAGUGCAAAGACCGGAUACUUAACGAACAAACAGACAGCGCGACAAACGCCAGAAUAGUUUUAAAUACUAAGGCGUAACGUUAACUGUUUAUAUGAUGACAGUCUCUUGUUUACUUCAGAUUAAUUAUAGGUAGUAGCGGUUCUUGUGACUUACCUUCGGAGACUGAAAUAAUACUGUGCUCCGGAAAGGUGGGCUGAUUGUCAUUGACAUCGA